UAUUCAGCGCAGCCGACGCGCCAUUUUAUUUUAGUCUCAGAUGAAGCGGAAGUCGGUAGAGUCAGCCGAGACGAGAGAUGGACCCUUUAAAGGAGAAGGAUGAAGAUGAACUGAAGAAGAAGCCACGCAGCAGAAGAAACAGCUUGGAAACACCACCCAACAUGUCUGGAAGUGAAGCAGCAUCACUUGAGGAAACACAAAGGGAGACUUCCUCCCCUGAGCAAGUCCGACUCACUCUGCCUGAGUUCAGGAUUGUGCUCGUUGGGAAGACUGGGGCUGGAAAGAGUGCAGCAGGAAACACUAUCCUGGGCAGAAGAGAGUUUAGAUCUGUGGUGGGCACAGGCUCAGUAACAAAAGAGUGUGAGAAGAAAAAAGGAGUCGUUGCAUGUAGAGACAUUGCUGUGGUCGACACGCCAGGAUUCUUUGACACUGAGCUCUCUUCAGAGAAAGUUAAAAGUGAGACUGUACAGUGUAUUCCCAUGUCUUCCCCGGGACCCCACGUGUUUCUCUUGGUGAUACCUGUGGGACGUUUCACAAAGGAAGAGAAGGAAGCUGUGGAUAAAAUCGAGGAGAUCUUCGGUGAGGGAGCUGCAAAGUACACCAUGGUCCUUUUCAGCCGUGGAGACGAUCUGAUAGACAAGACCAUUGAAGAGUACAUCCAGGAAGCCAGCAGAGAACAUAAUCAGCUUCUUGAGAAGUGUGGGAACAGGUAUCACGUCUUCAACAACAGGAACAUGAACGAUCGCACCCAGGUCACUGAGCUACUGGAGAAAAUAGAGGCAAUGGUGGCAGAGAACGGAGGCACAUGCUACACCAACGAGAUGUACCGGGAGGUGGAGGCAAAGAUCAAAGAGAUGGAACAGAGAUUAAAACAGCAGUAUGAUGAGGAACUGCACAGGAAGGAAGAGGAGUUGAGAGCAAAGUUCCAGAAGGAAAUCGAUGAGUUAAAGGUGAAGACGGAAGAGAAGUUUGAAAAACUGGAUGAAGAGAUGAAACGAAGAGAUGAGAGGAUUAAAGACAUGGAGGAAAAGCACUUGCGCGAGCGUGAGGAAUUCAAGAGGUUCUACGAGGAAAAGCACAGAAAUGCGAGAGGAGAAGCAGAACAAUCCAUUGACAUGUAUGGUUAUGCCACAGGAUGGUUAAGCCGUUUCCUUACUGGUUUGAAGCUGUAAAAAUGCCAGAUGUGUGCAGGAAACAGAUUAAAGCAUGCUUACAGCAAUGGACUGUAUCUUCAGGAGGAGAGUCUGGCUACUUUCUAACUUACUUCUUUAUUGCUCUGCCAGACUGCUUCCAAGACAAACAGCUGAAUUAAAACCGUGUGAACCUCAUUUUACCUUUUAGUUCACCCAAACCAUUGUUGAUGGCCUUUCAGACAACAGAGGGGGUGCAAAUAUCAUUAUGGAUGCACCCACAGGAUCCAAAAAACAGGAUUCUACCUAAUUGUGUAGAUAACUGACUGAACAAUAUAUGUAAAUACAUGUAAAUUUGUGUAAUUUUGGUAAUGUUACCUAAAUGUAUUUUUAUGUAUUGACGCCCCGGCAGUCACUAUUUACAGGAUUACUGUAUGAACCCUGGAGUCCUGUGCCCCUCCCCACAUGAAAUCUUCACAUAUCAAGGCAGCAUCCAGGGCAUAUCUCUUUCCAUGAGCAAUUCAGAUUCUUUUUUGUCUGCUUAUUCACCCUUCCUAUGAUUUAUGAGAAUAUUAAACGUUUAAGAAGCAUACCUUUCUUUAUUUUUCCUUUCUUUCACUUAAAAACAGCGAUUAGACAAACGUGGGUUGACAUUUGAUUUUGCAAUUCAAAUAUUGUGUGUGCAGUACUUAUAUUAAUACAACAAUGCAUUUUUAAUUGUGUUCUUUUUUUUCCUCUAAAACUUUUCUAAAUAACAAGGCGAGAACAUUACGAACGUUAUUUCAAACUCGCUUGAAGUUUAAUGUUUGGGGUCACUAUCUUCCUAAAUUGCUAACCACAACCCCCUUGCAAAUGAGAACACGUGAAUCUUAUAAAUAGAAUUUACUGAUUUUAUGUUCAUUCAAUAAAAAAUAAAUUAAAGUUUGUAUU